AGUUGAAUUGUGGUGUCGCUUCUUUGUUAGGAUGCGUUGCGUAAAGGAAAAGGUUUCGAUUAGUUUAAUAAACUGGUUUAAAAAAAUGUGAACAGUUUUUGUUUUCGACCGCUGGAGGGGUCAUUGUUCAUCAGACCGGGUGAGUGACUGACAACGGUAGACAGUCGAAGAAGGAAAAUAAGGGAAUGGAAAUGUCUUCACAGGCAUGGGAAGUGGUCCUUCUAACUCUGUUUCACUUGUUUAAGACCGUGAGAUCCUUCAUCCCGAAGGUUCAGGACUUUCAAAAUGCACUUCCUCAGAGCAGCCCUGCAGGAGUCACACCUCUCAAGCCUGUCCUAUCUGAGAAGUAUGUGGACAAAGGAUUUCCCAGUCAGGAAAAAGAAGUCUGCAUUGGCCUGCACAACCAGACCUAUAUCUGUGAAACUGGACAUUGUUGUGGACAAUCUCAGUGCUGCAGUUAUUACUAUGAACUUUGGUGGUUCUGGCUGGUCUGGACUGUUAUUAUAAUAUUAAGUUUCUGUUGUGUUUGUCAUCAUCGACGUGCAAAACACAGACUACAAGCUCAGCAGCGCCAACAAGAGAUUAAUUUGAUUGCUUAUCGGGAGGCUCACAACUACUCUGCAGUACCUUUCUAUAUGAGAUUCUUACCAAAUUAUUUGCUGCCUGCGUAUGAGGAGGUAGUGAAUCGGCCCCCAACCCCUCCUCCACCUUAUAGCAUUUUACAGCAACAGGCCAUAACAGCAAGCACAAAUUCACCCAGCAUUGAACAGACUCCUCCUUUGGCUUUGAGUGGGGCAGUGACAGCAGUUGAAGAAAGUUGCUCAUGCACUCAGAGCAGUUUAACUGUAGAUCCUUCUGUUCAGAUUUCCAUUGAGUUGGGUGAUGGCAGUACCAGUGCAGAAUCUGAAGAAGCAGAUGAAGUGGGUUCCAUCCAUGAGAAGAACUAUUGUAAAGAAUUAUUUGGAGAUUUUAGCUGUGAGCAUUUGGAACACAACUCCUCUGUAAAUCUGAGUGAUGAGGACAAGACACCUGGAAGACACAGACGUUUUACUGGUGACUCUGGCAUUGAAGUUUGUGUGUGCAGCAGAGGUCAUCAUGGUGAACCUAAAGAAAUUGAUGGGCUUAUUGGCAACAGCUUUGAAUGUCCUGUGGAACUUUGUGAUAACUGCAAUAUGUGUGAUCUUGAUCCUCCACCUGAAGAUGAGGAAGAAGGAGCUGGCAGUGUUGCAGAACAGAAUGUUCAGACACAGCAGUGUGUAUGCUUAAUGCUGAACACAGUAAAUGAACUGGAGCCCUCACAGAUGCACAACUGUGACACAGUGGAAGACCUAAUUUUCUAGUCAAAAGGAUAUGCUCCUCAUUCAGAACCAAAGACUACAUGCUGACAUUUGCUUUGGAUGAUGUUUUGCAGAACAUGUGCAAGUUGCAUCUUGCACAGUACAGAUGUCUUCUAGAAUCACACUGUAUUUUUACCACUGAGAAAACUGCACUGAUGAAUGGACCAUAGAAUGUAAAAAUACCAGAGGUAAUACUUCUCCUGCUUAAACUUUACUGUUAAAGAGUACCUGAUGCAAAUGUUCUUUUAGGACACCAUACUAGGGCUGUUACUACCUCCACUUUGUUUUUCAGGAAUUUUUCUAUGGCAGAAGUGAUGGUUAUGUGGUCUUGGAUAUGCAACCCAAAAUGUAACUUUGGCUAUUCUGUUCAGAAGCAGUACUUCUUCUGGUAGGUCUGUUGUAGAGAAUCCUGUUUUAGAAUUCUCUCCUGCCUGUGACCAAUUUUUUUACACUUGACUGCCUGGGAUCUUUCCUGUGACUCCCUGACUAGGUGUAGACUCCAUUGUAAUUGGCUGUUAGGAUUAUGAUAAUAAUAUAGUGAAAUAAAUUUGAAAGAAAACAGCAUUUGACAUUUAAAAUAAAAAAAUCACUUUGUGGGGUGUUAAAUUACUGCAGUUCCACGUCCCCCAAACACACACACCUCAGUCUUUAGUGAAAAAAGCUGGCAGUCCUACACUAAGCAGCACUCUUAUGGCAGUCUUGUUAGUAAUGUACUUAACACAAACCUGUUUCCCUUUUCCCAAGUAUAAACAACUGCAGGUCUUUUUAAGUGAAAUAGUAAAGCUUUGUUUGUUCUCAUCUUCUUAGAUCUUUGAAAGGGACUGUUGCAGUUGUUUUCUUUUCAUCCGCCUACUAUUUUAGUGAGACACUGCACACUUUGUACCUGUUAUAGCCCGAAUCUACAUAUUAAUGAACAGGCUGUAAUUUUUUUGGAUAUUAUAUAGUAGAAUGUUACUUGCACACGGCUGUUGAUUCAUAACUGAAGAUUGUUAGGGGAUAAAAUAUGUAGGUAAACCUGUAUGUUACCCAUUACAGAUGGUAGUAUUGAUUAUGCUAAUAGAGUGAGCACAUUUAAUAUUUGUACUGUGCAGCUUGAAGUGUAAACUUUUCAGUGAGACUGGUCACAGUUUUUGUUUGUAUUAAUCCACAAGGCCUUGAAAAUUACUGUAAUAAAAAUUUAGGAAAAAAAGAUGUAACUUUUGAGUAUGAGAUGGCUUCAGAGAAAGAAGCUAUCAAGAAAAUGUAAACUUUAUGGUGGUAUUAUUACAUGUACCAUGCUGGGUGCUUUAUUUCACUUUGUGCGUUCCACUGUUAAAUGAAACAUAUGCUGUAUGACUGCAAAAGAAAUUACUAUUUUUUCUACUGAAA